UCCAAAUUCAAUAUGACAGACGCACACUUUUUAAUUCUUUCUUCGCUUCACUUAACUCUUUCAAGUGAAGUCACUCAUAUCUCUGAAAUCACUCACUAAUCGGUGCUGUUGCUACUUAAUUACGAGAAAUCAGUAUGAGUGAGGCAGCAGCAAUGGAUAGGAUUAGUAAUUUACCAGAAGACAUUCUUCAUCGUAUCCUUUCUUUUCUUUACAUCAAGGAUGUUGCUCGUACUGGCGUAUUGUCGAAAAGAUGGAACUACAUUUGGACCACCGUUCCCAUCCUUGAAUUUGCAAAUUACACUUCUGAGACCGAGAAAUUCAUGGAUUUUGUGGAUGGAACAUUACGUCAUUAUAGUUCGUCUAAUGUAGACAGGUUCUUUCUCUGGUGCAAUCAACAGUUGGAUAAGAAUCGGCUUCAUUCUUGGAUCUCUACUGUAAUAGAGGGUAACGUUAAGGAGCUCAGACUAUUCCUCAGCCACAAACAAUGCUUCUCAGUUCCCCCAUCUCUCUUUAGCUGUGAAUCACUGACAACACUGAUGCUUACGUCUGGAUGCCGUAAUAACACCUUUCCGAAAUCUCUCUCUUUUCCAAGACUCAAGCGCCUUGAACUAAGUCAAUUUAAAUUCAGCGUUGAGUGUUGGAAUGAGGAACUCUUUUCAGGAUCCCCUGUUCUUGAAGAAUUGGUUCUGGAAGGCUGCAUUUAUUAUACGAGGAAUCUCUGUAUUUCAGUUCCUACACUGAAAAAAUUGAAAAUGUAUGAUAUUUGUUUCAUGAGUAGUGGUGGUAUAAUAAAAGACUGUGCUCUCAAAAUUGAUUCUCCAGGUCUUGUGACAUUCACCUACUAUAUGAAUGUUGCAAAAGAAUAUGUCUUGUCUAGCUUUACAACACUGGUGGAAGCAGACGUUAACAUAUUCUUUACAAACAACGGAGCAGAGAUAAGUCGGUUACUUCGAUCUCUUGCACAUGUAAAAUGUCUAACUAUCAGUGAUCUAACCCUACAGCAAUUUUCAGAAAAUAUUGAAAAAAGGGCUAUCUGCUCUGUGUACGAUCUGUUAAACAAUUUUCUGACAUUUCAUAAUGUCAAAAUAUUGAACAUAUCUGGUAUGCUAUCCACCAAUCAAGGACUAAUUGCUUUGCUCGAAGCGGCACCUAAUCUGGAGUCACACGUGUUUGAGAAGUAUAUGGUGGAUGAAAUAGAAGACAGUGAUGAGGACAGUGAGAACGACAGUGACGGUGUUGAGGGCGAUGGGGAUGACGACAAUGGAGUCGAUGAUGCUGAUACUGUUGAGGGGGAAGACAACAUUGACAAUGAAGAUGACGCUGCUGAGCGCGGAGUCAAUGAUGAGUGUGAAGAUGAUAGUUGGGCGCUCGAUAUUGUGACUAAUGGAUGUUUGUUUCCACAACUUAAAUCAGUUAGCUUUAAGAAAUUUGUUGGGAACUCAAGGGAGAUGAGUCAGUUCUAUCCGCCCUUUGUUAAUGCGAGAAGUGAAAAAGAAGUGAAGGCAGAGAUAGCCAGUUUUCGAAGAGCCUCACCAGGUUGUAUGAUUAAGUUCUGUUCUUAGGAUUAGAACUUGUUGUUUUUUCAUUGAAAAUUAAGGUUAGUUUGAUUCGGCUUUAUUUCUUUAUUUUCCAGGCACUAAUUUACAUGAAGCACAUUCCUAAGUAAUGGCUGUUUGAACCUAAGUAAGCUUUAUUUUAUGACACAAAACAAGGUUCCAUUUCUGGCAAUUCUGUGCAUAUUUAUAGAAUCAUCAUAUUGCUUCUUCAGUUGGAGUUUGUUUUUUAAAUACUUAGGCAUUUAGUCAUCCAGCCUUUUGCCUUGGGGCAAAGAUAUGGCUGGAAGACACCCAUGUUUAAA